GUUGACUUUUGAACAAAGGCAAAAUUGACCUCACACGUGCACGGAUAUGGAUGUGCGAGCGCUGCUUCGUGCUCAAGGCUGGCAAGAAGGCCAAGGACUUGGACGCACGUUCAAAGGCCGCGCCAAUGCGAUCAAGCCCAAACUCAAGUUUGACAAGGCUGGGCUGGGCGGCGAUGACAAGGAAAAGUUUACGUUUGCAUGGUGGGAUCACGCCUUCAACCGCGCCGCAGAGAACAUCCAGAUCUCCAACGGCAGCAGUGCAGGCAAUGGCGACAGUGACGACGAUGAUGAUGAGGUGAAAGUGGUGAGCAAGGAGGAACUGGGAGAGUUGUCAACAUCAGAACCGCGCAAAGUGCUCAAGGCCAGGUUCUACGGCAUGUUCGUCAAGGCCAAGUACAAAGACGAUGACACCGAGAUUGUCCAGGAAAAGAAGGACAGGGACUUUUCCAUGGCGAUCAGCGAUGAAGAGCUCUUCAAGGCGUGCGGCGGCCUCACCGGCCACAAGGCUGCGCGUCACGGGCUGGGUCUUGGCGGGAAACUGAAGCGGCUGGAGGAGGCCGAGGCGAAGAUGGCGAAGAGCCGGGGUGCCGGUGUGCAGGGGAACGGCGCAGGCAAGCACACAAGCAGCGGUAGCAGCAGUGGCAGCAGUAGUGGUGGCAGUGGGGAUGAAGAUGGGCAUGCGAGCAAGCGAGCAAAGAAGGAGAAAAGGGAGAAGAAAGACAAGGACAAGAAGAGGAAGGACAAGAAGAAAUUGAAGAAGGCGAAGAAGGAGGAGGAGAGGAAAGGAAGUGGUGAUGACGACGAUGGUGAUGGCGACGGUGAAAUGAAGAGCAAACGGGCAAAGAGGACCAAGCAACACGAUGCUGGUGGAGAGGAAGCAGUAGCGAAGAAGAAGAAGAACAAGAAGAAGCAGAGUAAGGCGAAGGAAGAGAAGAAGAAGGACAAGAAGGAAGGGAGGAGUACACAAGACCAGAGCAAGCAGGAUGCAGAGAAAGAGAAGCAACAGAAGCAACAGAAGAAGAAAAAGGAGAAGAAGCAGAAGCAGAACAAGAGCAAAGGUGCGGAGGCAGAAGAGGUGAAGGAGAACGGCUGCAAGACGGACAAGAACACGAAGAAAGGAAAGAAGGACAAAGGCAAGAAGGAUAAGCAGAAAGAGAAAGGACCAAAGGGUGAAGGGAAGACCAGUGGUAGCGCUGAGGGCAAGACGACGAAAGACGCAAGCACAAAGGGUAAGAAGAAGAAGAGGAAAGACAAGGCAGACAAGAAAGCUGAGUGAUGAAAGAUUGGUGGUGUGACGUGCGAUUGCAUUUGUUGUCGUUAUGCUGAGGAUGACGCUUUGAUGAACUAGGCCGUGUACAUAUGUGUGCGCCCCACGAGUUACGUUACACUUGACACAUUGACUUUACAAGCGGAUUAAAUCGAUCGACCUUGC